GCUCUCGCUUUCUCAGUGAAGAACUCCUCGCCGCGCCCGCCCUUCAAAUAAAUUACACAUGAUGGCCACACUCGCCCUGCCAGUGCCGACCAAAAGGUCCGUGCGGUUCAAGCGAUUUUCAUGGAACCAGGCACACGACGGCUCAUUCCCGCCAAUAUCCAAGACCGCCAAAUCACCAAUCCCGCCAUCCAUACCACAGCUGCCCACCAGCAAUGUGAGCAAGCCAGCAGGCAGCAAUGGCGUGCAGCAGGAGACAGCGAAAUCCGUAA